AUGCGGCGUUCUGUCUCUGUGGAGUUACCUGACCUCCCUGCUGGCAAAAUGUUGUCUACCUCAAGGUCACUGGUGGGCGAGACUCUAAUGCUCAGUCUGUUGACCCACAGUAAGGUUUGGGGCCACAUGGACAAGGUCACCAAGCUCCGCCAGAAGAAGGAUCAGAAGAAGGAUUCUGCCAGUCGCCAGAAGGGACGUCGCCAGAAGGAGCGUCGCCGGAUGUGGGAGAAGCGCGCUACCAACCGCGACGUCACCAAGCAACAGACCAAGAAGAAUGCGGACAAGAGAAAGCGACGUCGCGCAGAGUGGGAGACUGAGCAGAACCGUCUUGAUGAGGAGUUCAACGCCAAGGUUAAAGCUGAGCGCGAGCAGAUGAAGAAGGAAAGGCUUGCUAAUGCUGAGGCUGAGAAGGCUGCUGAAGCUGAGAAGAGGGCUCAAGAGGCUGAUGAUGAGGCUUUGAGCAAGAAGGCUGAGGAGAUUAAGAUUUCAGAGGACAAGGACGAGCGUGUUGUCGUUGAUGAGCACCACAAGGAUCAUGACGACGCGGUCAUUUCUGUCUCAAUUGGAUCGCCUCACUUGACUCCCAAGUCAAUGGACUCAACAGCCGAGGCUGCUGAAGAGAAGCAAGAGGUUCCGCCUGUCAGUGGAGGACCUCCCGCUCCCAUCGAGGAAGAAGAGCCUCUCCCCACCCGCCCUCGACCUGCCUACGACUCUACAGGCGAGUCAUCAGACUCUCCUAUUGAAAAUUGGGAAGAGCUUUACAGCAGCGAUGAUAAUAGUCGCGACCCCGGACGUGCUACAUCCAAAAGGUCUCGAGUCCAAAACGACAUUGAUUCUGACGAGGAGAAGAUGCCCGAGCCCUGGAACGCCAUCUGCAUCGUCGGCGUACGCGUGUACUCCAAGGACGAGAACCUCGAGCUGCGCACCGUCAUGGAAGGCGGAGAGCUUGUAGAGGGCGGCAUGGGCUCCAAGGGCGCCGCAGAUCUCGACAACGCUCAGUCCAACGCGGGCGGUGGACGAUCUAACGAUAAAACUGCUUCCGAGAUAAAGCAGGGUGGCACCAAGGGGCAAGGGAUAUCUCUGGACAUCAGCAAGAACAGCAAAGACAAUGAAGAUGAUACUGUCUGA